UUCAGAAUCGGGAUCCAUCACAUGAUUCCGGUCCGAAUCAAUCCGAUUCAGAUUUUUGAUUAAUUUUCCCACUGAAAUGGGAACACCAAAAUCCAUCGGAUGGCACUUCAAACCUGCUUGGUGGAACAACGAACUUUGAAGGGAGCUCUGUGAUUUUUCCCUGAUUCCCUUAUUAAUCAAAAAAUCAUCUUCAGCUUUUCCCGCAAGUUCAAUUACAAAUCACCAUCACUCACUGAUGCGCUUCUAGCAAACGACGAACAUGAGGGUAGGAUUCGGCGAAAUCCUCCUUUUGCUAGAAAGAUGCAAAAGCAUGAGGGAGCUGAAACAGAUACAUGGGUUGAUGAUCACCGCAACACUCAUCAGAGAUAUCAUCUCAUUAAGUAGGCUCGUCGAUUUCUGCGCAAACUCCGACUCCGGCGAUCCUGAUUACGCUGCGUUGGUUUUCCUUCAGAUAGACCGUCCCAGUGUCUACAUAUGGAACUCCUUGAUCAAAGGGAGCUCUAACAGAAACAACCCAGAUGAAGCAUUGUCCAUGUACAGGAAAAUGCAGCGACGAGGGUAUUCCCCUGACCACUUCACCUUCCCCUUCGUGCUCAAAGCUUGUGCCUUGAACAGAGAUCGAAAUUAUGGAAUGUGUGUUCAUGAUCGCAUUGUUAAAACUGGGUUUGAGUCGGAUUUGUAUGCUUCGAUUAGCUUGAUACACAUGUACGCAUCAUGUACUGAUAUGGAAGCCAGUGAACAACUGUUUGAGAAAAUUCCUAAGUGGAAUGUGGUGUCUUGGACUACCCUCAUUUCUGGUUAUGUAAACAAUAAUCAAGCUGGUAAAGCUGUGAGGGUGUUUAAGGAGAUGGAGCUUCAGGGAGUCCAACCUAAUGAGAUCACCAUGGUGAACGCCUUAGUAGCCUGUGCACAAGCAAGGGAUUUAGAAACUGGAAGAUGGGUCCAUCAACGUGUCCGUGAAAAUUCGAAUGUUAUUCUUUCAGCCGCCAUAGUAGAUAUGUAUGCAAAAUGUGGUAGCUUAAAGGUUGCUAGGGAUUUGUUUGAUAAAAUGCCUCAGAGAAAUGUUGUCGUUUGGAAUGCCAUGAUUGGUGCUUACACCCAGUAUGAACGUUCAAAAGAAGCUUUAAGUCUCUUUGCAGAUAUGCAAAAUGCAGGGUUAACUCCAGACGAGACCACCUUAUUGAGUGUACUAGGUGCUUGUGCUCACCAUGGAGCCCUGAGUCUAGGUCAAGGAAUUCAUGCUUAUAUCGAGAAGACCCACAUUGGCAAUGUUAUUAUUGGGACUUCCCUGAUGAACAUGUAUGCCAAAACAGGAGAAACACAGAGUGGAAUCCAGAUCUUUAAUGGGUUAGAGAAGAAGGAUGUGACAGCAUGGACUAGUAUGAUCAUAGGUAUGGCCAUGCACGGCCGUGGUAGAGAAGCAUUGACUCUUUUUAAAGUGAUGCUAAGGGAUAAAGAUGUUACUCCCGAUCACGUCACCUUCAUUGGUGUUCUGUGCGCAUGUAGUCAUGCAGGAUUGGUUAAGGAGGGCGAAGAACACUUUAAUUCAAUGAGGAAAGUGUAUGGUAUAACGCCCACAGGUCAACAUUACGGCUGCAUGGUGGAUCUUCUGAGCAGAGCUGGCCAUUUGACAGAGGCAGAGAGGUUAGUGAAAUCAAUGCCGAUUGAACCCAAUAUCGCGAUAUGGGGUGCCCUUCUGAAUGGUUGCGAGGUGCAUAAUGAUUUCAAUUUAGCUGACAGAGUAGGAAAUCACAUACUCCAAUUCAAGCCUCAGGGAGGUGGUGUUUAUGUUCUUCUUUCAAACAUAUAUGCCAAGGCAGGAAGGUGGCAGGAAGUAAUGAUGGCUAGAGAGGUAAUGAGACUAAAAGGACUCGGGAAAACUCAUGGGUGCAGCUAUAUUGAGGCCAAAAGAACCCUAACCAUUUGAAUUCCCAGGAUUAUCAAAACGGAACCUUCAAACAGGUUACCAUUUGCUUUGUAAUCAGUUAGAUAAUAGAGCUUCUGCUUCUCCUUCGACUCAGCUCAAGGAACUUGUCGCAACAUACCAGCUUUGGUGUGGAAGAGAAUUUGGCCGUCUAACACCAUCCCAAAUUUCAGAAAUUUCUUGUGGCAUGCUUGCCCUGAUAGUCUUGCUACUGAGGUGGGUCUUGCUUCUUGUCAUGCUCCAAUUGAUCCACAGUGCCAGCGUUGUGGAGGAGUUGCAGAAAUGGAAGACCAUAUUUAGAUUAUCCCUUUGCCAGGCCAAGAACACUUUCAUAUGGAGAAUCUGCCCCACAUCAUUCAGAAUUGGGGAUCUGUCAUCAGCUCUUCAAGGUGAAGCUACGGUUAUGAGGGCAGGGAUGCUUCAAGGCUUAUCAGAAGGAUUUGAGCUCCUUGAAGUGGAAUCAGAUGACAAAGAAUUGAUGUCUUUCCUCAAUUAUACAAACCAUUCUCUGCUCUUAGAGGUGAUCAACAUUGUACAGGAUACCACCCAUAUAGCCUCUUAUUUCGGGUCUUGUUUAUUUUACCACAUUUCCAAGGAAAUUAACAGAGUAGCUGACUCUCUUUCUAGUGGGUGUUGGACAAAUUGGCACAAUUCCUCUUCUGGGUUGUUUGAGUUAUGUAAUUUGGAUGCCUUGCUUUUUUGACCUCUAGUUUAUAAACAUCUCUUCCCUA